CAUAGAUACAAUUUUACUUUUUUUGGUUUCAAUUCUCACUAUUUUUAAACGUAAGUGUAUCCUAGACAAGGACGUCUAUAUUUUAUGAGCGAGAUGGCGAUAUAAAUUUCACGAUCAGAAAUGGCGUCUCUGUGAGUUGUCCUUUUCGCACAAGAUAUUUUCAUUUUAUUACAAUCAAAACAAUAAUUGGUGUUUACAAAAGUUUUAAAAUGUUGUUGUGUAUUGUGUUAUAGCAUUAACUAGAAAGUGUAGAAUAAAUUAGGUUAAUUUUAAAUUAGUGGGACAAUGAAAAAUACUGGGCGAGGCGUUGUAAUAUAUUUCGUACAAUUGAAAAUUCGUACAAUUACCUCGUCCAGGCAUAUUAUAUGCGCGUUUUAGUGCAACGUAAAUAAAGAAUAUAGUGACAAUGGACAAAAAAAAUAAGAAGAAAACUGUGAUUAAACGGAAAAGUGAUGAUCCAGCGGAGGGCGAGAAAAAACAGAAGAUGGUCAACCGCGGGAAAAACGAUGAUGAAAAAGACAAAAUCGAAGUCCAGGUGAACCAGGUGGUCGAAGUGCCGGUGGAACAGGGUCAGCAGAUCGUACACACAGGACAAUUAGUUGAGGGAAACUUCGAGCAGCCUGUUUUUGUUAACAUGAAAGGCGAACCAGUGCAUCUCGGUCCCAACACGGUGAUUCUGUAUGAACAGAGUGGCACUCCAUCUAAUUUCGCGUUUGGAGGUAUGUGGAGCAUGGAUUCGUCUGGUCGGAUCGUGAUGGCUGAGACGAUCUACGAUGUGAAAGGGGAACCUGAGGAGGAAGGAAGUACAUUUGUUCAAAACGCCACAGAAGUUAGUAAUCAACCAGUUGAGGAAACAAGCAACACAUAUCAGCAGUUCGAACUGAGUAACAACACUCAAGUCGAAGGUCAGGAGUACGAGGUUGCGAUUAUAGAGAAUCCGGGCGAUUCUACAGAUAGAACGACUGAAGGCCAAAUAAUAACGACGGAGGCACAAUUAGUAGCGACCGGCGCUGGUGCCGUUCGCUGGCUGAACCAAAAAUACGAUUUCGUCGUGAGGAAACUUCAGCUUAAUUAUGAUGCAGGUGUCAAACUCCUACACUCACAGUCCGGUUGCAUACAGUGCGUUUACCUCACAACGCCUAGCAUGCAGUUGGCUUUCAAUGCCGUUCCACAGUUCCUGUGCAUCGAAACAGGUAUAGAGUUUAACAGUGCGAUCCCAACAGUGGGCGGUACGUCAAGUCCCAGCGUCAAGCACAAUGUCACACUAUUUUUGGCAGAAGAUGGUAAUGGAAAGUCAGUUAUCGUCAGUGCAGGUAUAUCGACGUUAAUAGGAGAGGACUUGACGUGGCUAUUGGAGACGUUCAAAUCAUGUAAUCCCGCAUGGAGACAAGUGCGGUGUGUCGUAUGCGACCCUAAUAAGAGUCAGCAGGAGGUGUCGCGCGCGUUCCCGGCGGCGCACGUGUCGUGCAGCGUGUGGCAGGCGGCGCGCGCGGCGGCGGCGGCCCCCGCGCCCGCGCCCGCGCUCGCCGCCGACGACGUGGCGGCGCGCUGCAAGACCUACGCGCUGGCGCUGCUGCGCGCCGACCACACGCCCGCGCAGCUGCAGUUUCUAAAGCGCGCCAUCAUCGGCACGGCAGCGGGGACCCUACGGCUUUGGGAGGUGCUAACGAGGCCGGGCGGGGCAGUCGCGCGGCUCGACACCUGGCUGGAGCCCGACAACUACACCAACAUUCUGCACAAGGGUCUAGAGCGUCUGGUAACCAAGUUCCAGAGUCUAAUCCGCAGUCAGAUGCAACCCGACGAGUUCGUGUCGCUGUUCUUCAACGUGGCGAACCAGCUCGAAGACGAACGACGAAGCUUUGCACUUGGCAGGCUACGGGAUACGGAAACGUUAAAGCAGUCGCCCACGGAUACAAUAACGCAGUACGCGUACAAUCUGAUGAGCCACCAAACGAAAUUGGCACAAAAAUGCCUCGACGACAGAGCGGGAAGACGCCACAGUAGCGCCGCCAUCUGCAAGUACGGCACGUCCACCCAGGAGUGCUCGUGCCUGUUCAGCAAGGUGUUCCGCCUGCCCUGCCGCCACAUCCUCAUGCUCACCACCGAGCUCAAGGUAAAAACCCACAUCCCGUUCGAGCCCCGAUGGACUGUUCAACAUUGCCUAUUUGGUUGCGACGGAACGAAUAACGCCACAAGCACCAAUACUACUAGUAACACGUUCAUGGAACAGGUGGUCGUAGAGACGGAGGGACACAGGCAGACUAUCCAACAGCCACAACAGAUACAUCAGGUGGGUGGAGUCAGACAGCAGCAGUAUGUGCUGGCGACGCCAGGCCAGCCCGCCACACCUGUUUCACAAGUGAUAUUCUGCGGCGGAGGCGUGGGCGGGGUGGGCGCGGUGGGCGGCGCGGCGCCCGUCAUCACGUCGGUGCUGCCGCCGGGCGGCGCCGUGCUCACGCCGCACCACGCGCUCCACCACUAGCGGGCCGUGGGCGGGGUGGGCGCGGUGGGCGGCGCGGCGCCCGUCAUCACGUCGGUGCUGCCGCCGGGCGGCGCCGUGCUCACGCCGCACCACGCGCUCCACCACUAGCGGGCCGUGCAGUGCGGCGGGGCUGCACAAGAUGAUCGUGCAGGUGGAUACGAGCCGGAGGCAGCGUACUGAAACUAAGGACCGGCCGAAAUUUAAAAAAUCUGGUUUUGGACUUAGUUUCGGUUUAAAUAAUGAGUCGAAACUUUUGGCUCUGCGUGCUUCGUUCACUUAGCUGCCGCACCGUCGACCUCGGUCUCAAAAAGCAAAUAUUAUUAUUACAUUAAAAAUGUUGUAAAUACAAACUGAUAUCAAAAUUAA